UCGUUUGAUGCUGACAUAGACACUCCUCCUAUACGAGGCUAUGUGAGAGCCAAAAUGUAAUUAGGCAGUGCGAUGGGAAUAGUUCAUUCAAGGUUAUGCACACCGAGAGAGGUGUAUUUCUCAGUGUUAUAUACACUGGGAGUUUAACCCUAAUCCCUCAUUUUAGGGAUUAAAGCAUCCAUGACUGUUGGAGAACAGGCGACAAUCAGCCUUAAUUACGCCCAUUAUAAUCGACGGGGCUAAAAAGUUAAUUGAGGACGUUCAUUCACAGGACACAACACCGAGAGGUGUACAUGUCUCAGUGUAUAUAUACCCAGAGUUUACCUUAAUCCCUAUUUUAGUCAUUAAAUCAUUCUUGUCUAGCGAGGAGGCCACACGCAGCUUUAAUGACCCAUAGUGUAGUGUCCAGGUUUUAAAGUGCCAUUAAGGAAGGAAGGAAGGAAGGAAGGAAGUUCAUUCAUAAGUGUGGUGUGGGUGUGCGGGGCGGGAGGGUUGGCCCGCCUGCCAGUGCUACCAAGAUGGCUACUAGUGGAAAGACACGCAACGGACAGCCCAAAAAUAUUACAUCGUUUAUCUCACGGCUACACGGUGCCUUCACGGAUGCCAUGGCUCCGCCCAAACUGGUCAUAGAGAGACGAACUUUAGAAAAGACGUGGAAGUUGAUGGACAAAGUGGUGAAACAGUGCCAGCAAUCCAAAAUGAACUUGAAAAACUCCCCUCCAUUCAUUCUAGACAUUUUACCCGACACCUACCAGCAUCUUAGGCUUAUCUACAGUAAAUAUGAGAAUAAUCUUGCCGCUCUUAACGGUAACGAGUAUUUCAAGGUGUUUGUGGAGAACAUGAUGCGUAAGUGUAAACAAGCUUUGAGGCUGUUUAAAGAAGGAAAAGAGUUAAUGUUCGAUGAAAGCUCUCACUACCGCCGAAACCUCACUAAACUCUCACUCGUGUUUUCACAUAUGCUCUCAGAGCUCAAAGCCACGUUUCCUCAGGGUUCCUUUGCAGGGGACCAAUUCCGGAUUACAAAAGGGGAUGCUGCAGACUUUUGGAAGAAAUGUUUUGGUGAAAGAACGGUAGUGCCGUGGAGAUACUUUAGAGACACUUUGAAUGAAGUACAUCCAAUUGGUCCUGGGCUUGAAGCCAUGGCUCUAAAAUCGACAAUAGACCUGACCUGCAAUGAUUACAUUUCCAGUUUUGAGUUUGAUGUUUUCACAAGAUUAUUCCAGCCUUGGCCCACGUUAUUACGAAAUUGGCAAAUACUCGCAGUCACACACCCUGGUUAUGUUGCCUUUCUCACAUACGAUGAAGUUAAAGCAAGAUUACAAAAAUAUAUAAACAAACCUGGGAGUUAUGUAUUCCGACUAUCAUGUACAAGGCUUGGUCAAUGGGCGAUUGGUUAUGUGACCAGUGAUGGCAGUAUCCUACAGACCAUUCCUCAAAAUAAAUCACUUUGUCAAGCCCUUCUAGAUGGUCAAAGAGAAGGAUUUUAUUUAUAUCCGGAUGGUCGAAAUCAUAAUCCAGACCUAACAUGGGUUGUAGAAGCUACUCCAGAGGACCAUAUUAAGGUAACCCAAGAACAGUAUGAAUUGUACUGUGAAAUGGGCUCCACAUUCCAACUAUGUAAAAUUUGUGCUGAAAAUGACAAGGACAUCAGAAUAGAACCCUGUGGCCACCUCCUUUGCACACCGUGUUUGACUUUAUGGCAGGAUUCGGAAGGGCAGGGGUGUCCAUUUUGCAGAGCAGAAAUUAAAGGGACAGAAACUAUUAUUGUGGAUCCAUUCGACCCUCACAAGCAGCACCGUACGCAGUCUCUACCUAGUGGUCAACUGAUUGAUAUGGAGGAGGAGGAUGAGGCCUCCGAGGAGAAGAAUAAUAAACCUCCUGGUGAUGCAGCAGCCCCAGGACAGGACCAGGAGAGUAAGAGGAGCUCUGCGACUCUAGAUGUUAAGGGAGUAGGCAAGCCCCGCUGUCCCUCUCCCCCGAAAUUGGUCGAGGCCAACAGUGUAAAUACUGCAACUAACGUCGUAAGUUCCUCAAAGCCUCUCGGUGUGGGAGAGGUGAUGGGCAGAUCAAGUUGUUUCGAGUUGCAAGAAAGGACGGAUUCACAGAGAACAUCGCUUUUCACGAACGAUCAGUUAAAGUCGUCUACAGCACCUCCACUUCCCACCAGAUUACAGUUAAAUCAUAGUCUAAAUUUAUCUAAUGGGAAAGAUUUACCCCCCAAACCACAACAGACAGCUGGCUUAAAAUCAAUGGGCGGCUCAUUGUUGCUCAAGUCAAGUCAGUUUUUUGGACCUGACUUUCCCGGACAAAGUACGUACCAUGGAACUGAACGACCGGCGCCACUCUUGCCUAGUAAGCCCCCUCCAACUUUGGGAUUCGACCUGUGGGAUAAACCUGCUCUUGAUAGGCCAAGUCUAAGCAAAGAACCUGGAAGCCCUGACAAGCCGCCUAUGCUACCUAGCAGGCCAAUUUCAAGCAUAGGGGUUGGUGGGUCGCCUGCACUAAGUAAAGCUUCGUUACCUACAAGAUCUGAUGGGGCUGGGAGCCCAGUUAUGUCUAAUAAAUCAAGGUCUUCAGGAUCUAAUGAAGGUGGCCUACCAAUAGUACCAACGAGACAAUUUCCUCCUCCGUUACAUAACCAGAAACCAUUGCCAGGUGGUUUAUUUUCGAACCCUGUAAACAUAAAUGAAGCACUCAACAACAGACACUCGCUGAAUGUGUUGCUGGAUAUGAAUCCUAACAGAACAGGUAUGCAUCAAUUUUUUAAUAAUGUACGUCAAUCGCCCCCCUGUACUAUCAGUGAGAUUCCUCGACCAAUACGUACGGUACCUCACAGCCUUUAUUCUUACCGUAAGCCGAAUACAAAUAUAUCCAAGUCUCUUCCUUCUCAGUGCUGCAACGUGCCUACGAAUAUGCACGAAGCUGUAAAUGUCAAUCCCAAUGAAGAUGCAUCAGAAUUGCUCCCCAAAAUAGAAACAGUUACCACAAAAAGAUCAGUCUCUGACCCAGUAGAGUCCGACCAUGGUCUUUCUGACUAUCGGAUAGUUUCAUCACAGACGGAAUCAGAAAGUGAAAAUGAGACGAGCACUGAGGAGGAAACAGAUACCACAGACUUGAUAGGAUCCGGCAAGGAAUAUUCAGUGAUUAAUAUCAUGGAUAAAAGUGUUCAGGAGAAUCGAGGCUUUUACAGGAACAACCCAACCUAUGACUUAAUUUUUCCAAUCGGACCUCCGCCUCAGCUUCCCGAAGUGAAAAGUGUUUCUAGUUCUACUCAUUCUUCCCCAUCUCGUGGAAAUAACUUUUCGUAUGAGUUUUCUUCACCCGAAAAUACGGGCACCAAGCCAAAGAAACCACACUCUGACCCUGACCUUGCUCCGACAGGAAUUACAAGCUCUUCCCUGGAACUCAGUAACGAGUCUCAAAGUCUUAGAGCUGACGGAGAUUUAAAAUUAGCUGAUACCUAUGGAGUUAGCUUUAAAAGCUCGGAGACAUAUAUAAACACAUCACAGAGUCCAGAUAUUUCUACAGUCGGAUCAGACAGUCCCGAGGAGUGUGCAGAUCGAGUUCAUAGUCAUGAGAAGUUUGCUACAGGGCUGCAGAGUUCUGAUAUUUCUACAGCUGGGUCACAAAAUGAUGAGAUAUAUAUCCCUGACGAUGAUGGGUUAUCGAACCAAGAUCCUAGCAGAGUGCAUGGUGACUGUGAGAGCGAAGCACAAGACUCAACGGAGCAGGGAUCCAGAAGUCCGCUCCUGUCUCCCGGAGCCUCGCCUCGAGUCUGCCGCAGAGAUGAUGUCAUCCCCCCGCCCCCAGUCCCGCCCAGAAAGGCAAGCCCCGCCCCCAGCCCGCCCUCCACGCCAGCCACUACUCACAGGUCGAGUACACUGGACUUGGAAGAGGAGGAAGAUAUGCCUUUAGCACCCCCCAGGACACUCGCCUCCCUCACGGCGCCCACAGUGGUAACUACGCCCACCACACCCACCUCCCCGCACAGGACAAUCACAAUCGUCACCCUCGACCCUAACAACGUCACUGUUGAGACCACAACCACAGGGCUGAGCAAGGAAAGCAGUGGAAGGAAGCCCAGUGCCCCGUCACCACUGCGACACCGGCCACUAUCUGUGCCUCACAUUGUGCCCAGGACCAGCAAGCUUAUGCGAGCCUCUGGUUCCAAUCCCUCCCUCUCUUCUUCCUCCUCUUCACCUACCUCCACUCCUGCCACCACGCCCACGCCCGCACCUACCUCAACGCCUGCGACCACGCCCACUCCGCUACCUUCAGCGCCGCCCUUCCCCGUUCAUUUCCCCCCUACCUCCGUUGCCCCUUCCUCAUCGUUCGUGCCAGUGAGUUUGCCCGUAAGUUCCAGUGGUAACUCACAGCAGAGACAACCUAUGUCCCCGCUAGGAGGCCCGCCCACCACCACGGCGCCGCCCCCGCCCUUAUCUGUAUCGUCACCCGUCACAGUUAUCACCUAUACCCCCGUGAUGACCUGUGAUGACCUGAUCUCCAGCCAGGAGCCCACCACCACCACCGUCACCACUACUAUCACCCCGCGUCCUCGUACGAUCCUGCCCUCUCAGUCCACUCUAAUGCCUCCCACCCCCGCCACUACGCCUUCCCCUUCCUCCCCCUCCUCCAUUACCUCCUCCACCUCCUCCUGCUCCUCCGGGUCGGCCUCCACCACCAGCAGUGGUGCCGGCUUGGACGUGGACAGAAGAGCCAGUGGAACGAGCCACACGGGAGACCUGGAAGACAUCCACGAAGAACCUCCCUAUGAGAACACCACUCUACCUCCCCCAGCGUGUCCAGCGUCAGCCAGGAAGUCAGCAACGGACUCAGAUUUGCCGAACUUCCCAGCACCGUCAGCUCCGUCCUUACCCACCAUUAUGAAGUCCUGGUCGGCUGACAGAAGCAUGAAUGUGACGGAAGGCCUAGGCGGGGAGGAAGCGCACACUGCCUACGAGAACCUACACAUGGACUACCUGGCGACGCUGACGCAAGAAGGCUUCGCCCAGGACGCCGUCAUCAGAGCUCUCGUCAUCACCAGGAACGACAUAGCGAUGGCCAGAGACAUCCUCAGGGAGUUUGCCUCCAAGAGAAGCUAAGGGGACGCUCCACUCUACCCCACCGCUAGGAGGCGGAACACCAACAGAUAAUCAACGCCCCUCUCUCUCCCCAGGCUCUCUGUUUGAAUUUAUAUAUAAUAUAAUAUAUUAUAUAUAUUAUAUGUUCUCAGGAAAGUUUACUUGAGGAUACGGAGAGUCGGGCAGGGAGGGGGACAUGGGGAGGUGGACAUGGGUUAGGUGCCAAGUUCAAUGCUCUGAUGGAGCAACUGUUGGAAUCACCAUUGUGUGUUCUUAUUUGUAUAUUUGGUAAGGUCUCUCUAGCUAAAGAGGUUUCAUCUCCCCUUAAAAGGAAAUAAUAAAACCUCGACUUUGGUGCUCCUCUGAAGGCCACUGUUUAAGUACUAUUUAUUAAAGACUUGGUUCUUCUUAUGGCCUUCAUGGGUAUACCGCUGGGAGAGCCUCGGUGGGGCUGCGAGGGGUCAACAAACCCCCGGGAACUUCACCUGUUCUUAACAGUAUUACCAGAAAUGUUACACUGAGAAUCCAGUCACUGUACAGUAUUUAUCUUUCGUUCUAAUAAUACAAAGAGGUACAAUUAUUCGUGGACGAGGUGCGUCACUGUUGUGGUUUAGUGAAUACUAAAACUUCCUAAGUGUUCUCGCUCUGGGCUCGUCGCCAUGCCAAAAGGAAAGCCAAUGUUAUGAUGGCUGAUCCUUGAUGCCAACGUUACCUUGCAGUGGUCAUUGGGAAAUUGUUUUUGUACAGUCCUCUGAAGGUUCUAAGUUUG